AUUAUUUAUUAUGACAAUGGGCCUAUAUAAAGUCCAUGACAUUCUUGCAGUUCUUCUCCAAAACCAGUCUUCUUCUCAACCAUUUUCCUUUGAAAUUCCAUGGCUUCAUCUAUAGCUCCAUUAAUCCUUUUCUCCUUUUUCAUUUCCAUCUCUUCCUCCCUCUCUCAAACACUUUCAAAACCCAAAGCACUAAUCCUCCCAGUUUCCAAAGAUGCCACUACCCUCCAAUAUGUAACCCACAUUAAGAUGGGAACCCCUUUAGCCAAGAAAAACUUUGCGGUGGAUCUAGGAGGUCAGCAUUUUUGGAUGGAUUGCGAUGAUGGACAAUAUGUAUCAUCCUCAUUCAAACAGAGCCUAUGUGGUUCAGCACCAUGUUCAGUGGCCAAAGCUACUUGUGAUGGUGCAUGCUUUCCUGGAUAUAAUAGACCAGGAUGCAACAAGGAAAAAUGUCAUGUGAAUAUUGAUAACACACUCAUAGGUGGUGGAUUUGAUGUUGGAUUUAUUUCCUUAGACAAAAUUUCCAUUCAAUCCACCGAGGGAUCAAAGUAUGGCCCAUAUGUUGGAAUUUCUGAUUUUAUCUUCGCUUGCGCUAAUGAUCGAGGCGUAGGCAAUCUUGCUAGGGGUGCAAAUGGGAUGGUUGGCCUUGGCAGCAACCAAAUUGCACUACCAACACAACUUUCUUCAGCAUUCGGUGGAAGCUUUCGUCGAAAUUUCGCUAUCUGCUUGCCUUCCACUUCCAAAUCCAAUGGCGUCAUUUUCUUUGGUGACUCUCCUUAUGUAUUCUAUCCAGGUUACAAUACAUCAAAGGUCAUUGACGUCUCAUCAAGAUUCCAACACACGAAACUCUACAUCAACACCGCAGUCACAGGAUCAUCCGUCGUGACACGAGGACCCCCAUCGCCGGACUACUUCGUCAAGGUCACAUCUAUUAUGGUAAACAAAAAACCCAUUCGCGUAAACUCAACAUUGCUUGAAUUCAAGAAGACGGGGAAGGGCGGAACAAAAAUUUCCACCGUUGAACCCUACACCAAGCUGGAAACCACUAUCCAUAGGGCCCUUGUUAAGGCGUUUGAUAAGGAGAUUGCAGUUUGGAAUGUGAGUAAGGUAGCUCCUGUGGCACCUUUCACAGAUUGCUAUACCACAGGAAACAUGGGCAUGACAAUUCUUGGGAUUGGUGUCCCUGACAUUGCAUUCGUGUUCGAGAACAACAAGAAUUUAUACUGGGAAAUGUAUGGAGCUAAUUCAAUGGUGGAGAUGAGUCGCGAUGUAGUGUGUUUAGCGUUUUUGGAUGCAGGUGAUGAGCCUAUAAUAACGACACCUAUAGUGAUUGGGGCACACCAGUUGCAGGAUAAUCUUCUUCAGUUUGAUCUAGCUUCUAAUCGAUUGGCCUUUACUUCCACACUUCUCUUGGAAGAAGUCGAAUGCUCCAACUUCAAAUUCUAAGAUGGAAAUUAAACCUUGUUGCUGGUAUUAUGUAUUAUUAUUUGUGAGAUGUAUUUGCAAUUUAUUUAAGUUUGAUCUGUAUUUCAAUAACUUUCAUUGUAUGUGUUUCAAAGCUACAAAAUUUCUUUACCUCGCCAUGUUUCAUGCAUUAUGCUCAUUAUUUGC